AUGUCCUCUCACACCAACCGCGCAAACGGCCACAAUCAACCCUCCGCCCUCUGCAGCCUCAACGACUUCCUCUCACGCGAUACAUACGACUAUGUCAUCGUAGGCGGCGGCACCGCAGGCCUCUGCGUCGCCGCGCGCCUCAGCGAAAACCCCUCCAUCAACGUCGCCGUCCUCGAAGCCGGCUCCAACCUAAUGGACGACCCGCAAAUCUCCACGCCCUCCCUCUACCCAACCCUGAUCGGCCGAGAGAAAUACGACUGGUGCUACCAAUCCGAACCCGUGCCCACGGCGGGCAACAAAACCUACUCGAUGCCGCGCGGCCGAGUUCUGGGCGGCUCCAGCGCGAUCAACUACCUCAUGUACGUCCGGGGCAGCAAGAAGGACUACGACGGGUGGGCGUCGCUGGGGAAUAAAGGGUGGGGCUGGGAGGAUCUGGUGCCGUAUUUCAAGAAAUACCAGCAUCUCGAUCCGCCGGAGAAGGAGAAUCCGAAUAAACAGUUCAUGCCGCUGGGGGCCAAGGAGAAGUAUCAUGGGAGCGAGGGGCCGAUUCAUACGAGUUUUAAUGAUUACUAUGAGCCGUUUGAGUAUGAUUUUUGUGAGGCGGCGUAUGAGGUUGGGGGCAGGGAUCGGACGCUGGUGGAUGCUUGGGGUGGGGAUCAUAUGGGGUUUUAUUCGAGUUUGGCGGCGGUGAAUCGGACGGAUGAUCCGGGGAAGAGGAGUUAUGCGGCGACGGGUUAUCUGCGUCCGAAUCUUGGUCGGUCGAAUCUCAAGGUAUUGUGCGAGGGACUCGCGUCCAAGAUCUUGCUGGAUGGCAACACUGCCAAGGGGGUUGAGUUCUAUCACGGAGGGCAGAAGCAUCAGAUCAAGGCGUCGAGGGAAGUCAUUCUGUCUGGAGGUGUGAUCAACAGCCCACAGUUGCUCGAGCUUUCUGGAAUUGGUGACCCCGAAGUCCUUAAGGCUGCCGGAGUAGAAUGUGUCGUCAAAAACGAAAGGGUCGGCGCCAACUUCCAAGACCACGUUCUCGGAGGCAUGCUGUACGACCUAGCUCCUGGGGUGCUUUCGAUGGACGCCCUGCACGGAGAAGAGUACCAAAAAGCCCAGCAAGCGCUUUAUGACAAGACUAACAAUGGACCCUUGGGUUCGCCUGGAAUGCUGAUGGGCUUCGUCUCGUAUGCAUCUUUGGUGGAUCAGAAGACCUUGGACGAUACAAUCAGCGAGAUCCGGAAGAACUCCCUCGCCAAGACAGAUUUCGAGAAGCGCCAGGAGGAUGUUGUUGUCAAACAACUCUCAGAUCCAACCUUUGCCAAUAUCCAGACAUUCUGCAUUCCGUGCCAGCUAGACCUCAGUCAAGGCGAAAGCCAGAUCGGAUUCUUCAGCGCGCCCCCCGACGGCAAAAACCGUGUCUCUCUCCUCGUCUGCCUGGAACACCCUCUAUCACGCGGAACAGUCCACAUCACAUCGUCCGACCCUAACAAACCACCCAAGAUCGACCCAAGAUACUUCAGGAAUCCCGCAGAUGCCAAGAUUCUAGCAGAGGGUAUCAAAUGGAUGGACAAGGUGGCCCAGCAGCCUGUCCUUGCCAAGAGCCUUGGGGAGAGGAUCCAGCCUCCUGCGAAGGCCAGCAUCGAAAAGGAGGAGGAUCGGGUGGAGUUCGUCAAGAACCACAUCUCGACUCAAUACCAUUUGAUUGGUACUUGUACGCUUGGUGAAGUGGUCGAUGAGAAGCUCAAGGUCAAAGGCGUCAAUGGCUUGCGUGUGAUUGACGCUUCCAUAUUUCCGGGACAUGUUUCCGGCAACAUUAUGUCGACGACCUAUGCGGUGGCGGAGAAGGGCGCCGAUCUUGUCAAGGCCGAUGACGAGAGGUUCCUGGCGAAGGUCGACUCAGCCGUGCAUUAA